CUUUUUUGAAAAAGAAUUACAAAUGACAUCCAAAUAAAAUAAUGUUAGGGAGGAUGUUUGAUAAUACGAAAGUUGAGGGAAUAACUUUGACAUUUAACAAACUUAGUCGCCAAUUUUAUUAGUUAUUCGUGCCGCGUCGGAGUCGGAGUUGAGGUCCGCCGUUCUCGGUUUACAUUGACAACUCAGGGAUCCAGGGAGUAACCGGAGAGGCGACAACAGCUUUCCUAUCGAUCAUCAAUGGCGGACGACGAUUACAAUGACCUCGACAUGGGAUAUGAAGAUGAGCCACCAGAACCUGAGAUUGAGGAAGGUGCUGAAGAAGAAUUGGAUAAUACUAACAAUGAUGAUAUUACUGGUGAACCUGUUGAAGCUGAGGAAAAGGAAGAUGAAGAACCUGUUGAACGUGCGCGUAAAACCUCAAAAUUUAUGACAAAAUAUGAACGUGCUAGGAUUUUGGGUACACGUGCCCUCCAAAUCAGCAUGAAUGCUCCUGUGAUGGUCGAGUUGGAGGGUGAGACUGAUCCACUUGAGAUUGCAAUGAAGGAACUUCGUGAGCGGAAGAUACCCUUCACCAUUCGUCGCUACCUGCCAGAUGGAAGUUAUGAAGACUGGGGCGUCGAUGAACUGAUAGUGGAAGACUCUUGGAAGAGGCAAGUUGGCGGCGCUUGAUUAAUCUGUGUUUGUUGUUACCAAAUGUGAAAUACUAGCGAUUGGAACAAGAAGUUCCCAUUUAUGCAGUAGUGAAAAGGAAAACAGGACUACUGUUGUUUGUACUCAUAAUUCUCCUCUGUGAUAUAUUGGAAAGGAACCUCUGUUAAUGUAUUGACUGGCGUUAUUUUAACGACAUUAAAUAUAAAUACUAGAACGGAUCUAAUGAAAAUAGAGUUGAAUUUUGUGUUUCUAAA